CUUUUUUAUUUUUACGUGUUUGCGAAAGAUAUGUAACUUGAAUAUCAAAUCAGAUCAGAACUACUGCUGAAAUGCAAGGCAUAAACUUUUCUUAUGGGUUAUGUUCAGCGGUGCCGGAUACUUUUAGUGUUAUUUUCGUAGAUUAAUAUUUUCCUCGGAAACUCCAGCGGAGCAAAGCAGGGAACUACCCUUUUUCUGGUCGCCAGGCGAACCGUUUCCGUAAAUUUCCGUAUAACAAAACCAAUUUCCGUAGAUAUCCGUAGAUUUUAUCCACGAAUACGUACAUCCAUAGAAAAUUUCCGAAUCCGUAGAUUUACGGAGAUUUCCGUAGAUCUGGCAUCGCUGGUUAUGUUGAAUGAUAAAUGAUGUUUGAAUGAAUACACCAACAUGUCGCAGUACGACUUUAUUUUAUUUUGGCGCUGUAUGUUUCUAAUGUUGCAGACUCGCUCUGGUCCUUACCGCACAGCUGGAAUAGUUCAUUCGUCGAUGUUUGUUAUUUUACUACAGUUGCAAUUCUUCGAUUCUCUUUUUCAACUUCCUUCCGUUUUUUUUUCGUUUCGUAUAUACUUAUUUCAUACUACACCUUUUCGACUCGUGCUAUGCUCGCGCGCUUCGUGCUCAUUCUUCUGUUACACGACAUAUCUAGGGGACAUAAGCGCACUUUCGUAUCGACAAAUUUUAACGGACUUUUCCCCCUUGUUGAAAAGAAUGGUUGCUGUUCAUUAAAACGAUGAGGGUGAACAUAUUUUCCGUUUAAAACCGUUGCGCAUAUGUAUUUGGAACACCGUCGGGUUAGGAUCACUGAAAGCGCUAGUUAUAUUUUGAAUAUAGUGUCAAUGUUAUUAAUAGUAUUACUGUACUUAUUAUUCGUAUCGAUCAUAUUGAUUGCAAAUUAAAUCCAAUUAUUACAAAAAAUGUCGCGUCAUAACUACACUAAUCCAGCGUUUUGUCAACAAAGUGAGUUUUUUCCGGAGAAGAAAAAUUCAGUCAGUACUAGAAGUGCAUUUAUUUCACCCGCAAAAAUUCAACGGAGUGAAUUGACCAGAUCGUAUAAUCGUAUCAGUGCAUCUACAUUAGUGCGUCAAAGUAGCUUCGCAUGUCAUGGGCAAGAAAAGCUUAGUAGAAACGUUUUACCCCCUGAACCAGGUCCUAAGCCAACCGAGCCGGGCAUACAUGGAAAAUACGCCUCCAGUACAUCCAUUAUCGCUCCACGAUAUUCAUCUUCAUCAACAGCAUUGGAUACAUCAAUUGGCAUUAAACAAUCUAUCGGGCAAUAUGCUUUAGUUCCAGUUGAAGAGAUAUCCCUAAAUGACAAAAGCAAAUACGCAAUUUUACCUGAAUCUUUAAUAAAAUCUACCAGAAUUAUCAAAAGCCAAGACAAUUUAGAUCGGUAUUCGAGUACGUCUGAAUUGAACGAUGAACAGAUAAAUCUUUUUGAUCAAUUCCGCAGUUUACCUCCUCUGUCGUCCCCGCCAAAUGCAAUCAAUCAAAACAGAUUAAAAAAUGCAUUCUCAUCUGAUUUUGGUAGUAAAUCUUUUGUUUUGUAUGAUCAGAAAAGUAAUCAACGUUAUGAGGUGGUUCCUACCGAGGAUAAUGAGGAGCUGGUUGACCCCAAUCACGAAAUCAUACAAAUGCACAAUGGAAGAGCGCAUCGAUACGCCGUCAUACCCGCAGAGGACGACGAAACGUGUCUUACGGAAGAGUCAAAUAUAUCAUUCAAACGACCACAGCAUCCUAUUAGGGAAAAUGUUGGCGAUAAUUUCAGUAAAUCUCAACGUAACCUAACACCUCAAAGAUAUUCUUCGGCGGACACAUCAUCACCUAAACGAAAUGCUCUAGCAACUCAAAUGCUACAUGAAUUGCUAAACACUCCACGGCGAAAUGAGUGCACUCCCAAUACCUCUCCUCAACGACUUGACGUACAUCCUAAAAUUAUCGCCAGCACACCUAAACGCAAUGAGUUCAAGCCACAAAAACUUAUUUACGACCCUUAUACACAUCAGCAGAAGGCACGCGCGAAGCUGCACAAACUUCAGUGUGAGGCAGCUGCACGAACGACAGCUGUUAUUACGCCUCGAUUAAAUGUAAAUGGUACUUACGGGGAAACCUCGCCAUCACUUGAUCAGAUUGACAAGUCCUGGCAGAAUGCUAGUUUUCAGAAAAUAGCUCAUGCUUCAGCAACUAUUGGUGCAGUGUCACUUAUGCUGAUUCUUUGUGGUUUCAUGAACUCAGGACUAAGUCUCUAUUUUACAUCUAAGAUUGGCCGUGAAUAUUUUCUGGACGUAACCAUAUUCGCAGGUUUUGCUUCGAUCGCAUUAGGGAUAUUGGGAUUCAAAUCAAGACGAUGUGAUUGGUUGCCGAAUCGGAAUUAUAUAUCAGGUUACAUCCUAGUGACUGUAUUCUCGUUGCUGAACUGCUGUGCUCAGCUGAUGUUGAUGACACUACAUCCGUUUCCGGGAACUCCAUUGCACGAUGUGACGACAGGAAUUAUAUUAGGACUAUCAUCACUAACAUUGCUACUGAUUAGUUUGGGAGUUAUAACAUCUCGAUGGUGCCGGGCACCUCCACCAGAUAAUCGCGUAGCUGUAUGCUAACUAAAGACUUAUUUAUGUGUUAUUUUACAGGAUAAUUUCUGCAAAGAUAGGAUAUUUAUAUUGCAUUAAGUAGUUUAGAUUAGCUUUUAUUUAAUUAAGAAAAAAUACAAAAUUCAUGUAUCGAAUCAAUGUUCUUGAAAUAAAAAAUUUUUGAAAAAAAAAAACAAAUACAAAAAAGCAGCGAUGCAGCGACAGUUCCUCACGGUUAAAUAGGGACAAUUUGAAAGAUCAUUUCAAAGAAUGUGUGAAAAUUUUUCAAAUAAUGAUAGCUUUCAUUUUUUACAAAAGUAAUUGAAAGGAUUGUUUUUUAAUGGAAUAUAACAUACAGUUUUUUCGAAAUCGCCGUAGCGUUUGAAAAUAUGUUCUUAAAUUGUAUGCAAUCGCCGCUUUUAAUAAAAUUCACAUUCAUGAAUGAUUAAAAACGAUUCGUGAUGCGAAAAGCUAACAAACAAUCAUUUAUGGAUUUGUCUUUAGUCAUUACCAUCGGUUUUGUUCCAACUGCAUACAAUAAGUAACUUUCAUUGUUUUUGUCGAAAGAAUUAAAAAUCCGUAUAAAUUUGAAAAAAAUGUGCUCAUUCCGCCUAGCAAGUAAGGUGAUGCCGUUUACAUCACUUUGAAUAUUAUUACAUUUGCAUGAAUAUCCACAGGUACCGGUUAUCGAACCCAGGUAUCGGUUAUCGAAAAUAUUUAGCAAGGGUUAAGAUUAGAGAUAGGCAAUUCGUUUGAGGAUGGUGUAAAAGAACUGUUACUUUUGACAGAAUAAGCGAACGGAAUCUCGUUUCCAAAGAAUUGAAGUUCGAAAUUCUUUGCACAACCAACUAAAUUAAACGAUUUUCACAAGAUGCACUAUCAACACCUACAGGCUACAGGUUUUUAAAUUUUUGGGAAUUCGUAUCCUUUGAAUUAAUUUAGUACAGCUGAAUAAAUGGUAAUAACUGAAACUAAUAAUAACAGUUGUUACAGUCAAAAAAUACUAAUUUGGGAAUUCGUCUGGAGUAAUUAUCGUUAGAUUCGUUAAUUACUUUUAUUAUGUUUUUUUUUUGUGAACUGUUGCGAAUAGUCGAGAUGAUUCAAGAAACAUUCGAAUACGUAAAUUUAAGUUUCGUCUUAGACUCAUCAGCGCGUAGUAGUUUAUGUUAAACUGUUCCCUUUGACCUCCCAAGUAGCACAUUAAGUUGCUGUUCUGUAUAUUUCUACAGAUUGUGCAAUUUAUCAAAUUAGUUCAUAUUACUAUUGUAGUAAUUGUUGUGUUAUGGAAAAAGCGUAAUUUUUCUGUGUUUUACAACAUAUCUUUAAGUUCUUCCGUUGUCACGAAUAUUUAUUCACAAUUAUUGUGCAACUGAUACAAAAACUCAUGCAUCGAUCCCACUACAAAUGCAGCAAUUAAAUCAGCGAAAAAACAAUUGCGAAACUCAUGGGAACUAAUACGUAAUGUAAACAAGAAUUGAAUUGAUGUUUACAAAAUUUCUAAUGAAUAAGUUUCACAUUUGAUUUUCUAUACAACUCCCCGUAACACAAACAUGGAGCUUUAAAAAUAUGCUGCACACAAAUAAAUGGUAAUAAUACAUAUUGUAAAAUUGAUCAUUUAUGUUUUAGUAAAUAGAAAAUCGACAACGAACUACAUUUUUAUGGUGAAACAUGUCUUCGUACGCCUGAAAUUUUCAAGCGCCUUCGAAUGUACGUGUUUUGAUGAUUGCACAUCAAUUUCUAUGAAAAUAACAAUCUAUUCUUUUCAAUGAAUAUGAUCGGGAGAGUGUUUUAAAUAAGUAUAAGAAAGUUAUCAAACAUUCAUACACCUUUUCAGACGAUUUUAAUCAUAUUGAUGUUUCAAUUAAUCUGAAAAAUCUUGAAAUGAAUUUUUCUUCAAUAUUUUCCAAUAUGACAUCGAGGGUACCAGUGUGUUGAAAAGAAAA